CCACCCCACCCCCCGCGGGCCGGCCCGUUAGGGGGCGGGGGCGGCGCCCAGGUUUCGGUGCCGGCAGGGGCGGACGGGCGGGCCCUAGCCGAGCAGCCUAAUGAGCUGCGGGCACGCUCAGGCUGCCGGGGCAGGGAGGCGCCAGAGGGGCCGCCCCCGCCCCGGACGCGGGUUCGAGUCCCGAGCCCCCGAGCGCCCCCGGGCGGAGCCAGGAGCGGGGCUGACCCCCAAGAUCCCCAGCUGCGGCGCCCGCCUCCGCACUCGUACCCCGGCGGCCCCGACACUCGAUCGCGGAAUGCGCACACGAAACCCGAAGCCCGCCUUUGGACCCCGGAGUCCCCAGCUCCCAGCCAAGUCACGCCACGCCCCCGCCGGCCUCGGUUGCCCAGGAGACUUAGUACGCGGGGGAAGGCGGGGCGGCUCCAGGGGCCUCGGACACCUCCUGGCGGACAGAGAAGGAAACAGGAAGGAGGGCGGCGCCUCAAGGGGAAGGCAGAGGCCAUGGCUGAGCGGCGGCGCAGCGGGGACUCCUGGGCCCGCAGCCUCGCAGCGCUGCGGACCGGCCCUGCCGCCUUCCUGGCCCGGGCCGGGGCCGAUGCUCUGGCGUCCGAGCUGCUGAGCGAUCUGCGCGGCGAGAGGCUGAGCGACUACACCAAGGUCUCCCUGCUGGCUGCCAUCCAGGAGUUCGCCCCGCAGUUGUGGUCGGAGCCGGCCUCGGCGGAGGAUGCGGCCUGCGAGCUGCUGGACACGCUGGCCCUCCUGCCCCCGCGGCCCUCGGCCCUGCACAGGCCUCUGCUGCUGGCCGUCACCAGCGUGCUGGCAGCCUGCGGGGCCCUGGGCCCGAGCUCGGCCGCCACUGGCCGCCUGCUGGCCCUGCUGCUGCGGGCAGCGUCGCGCCGGGCGGCGGGCCCCGAGCAGCGGGCCCUGCAGGCCACGGCCUGCGAAUGUCUGCGCGAGCUGGAGAGCUGCCGCCCGGGGCUGCUGGCCGGCCGCCUGGGGCUGCUGCGGGGGCUGCAGGCCGCUCUGGGCACCCAGCCCCACCGCCUGCUCUUCGCGCUGGCCCUGCGCAAUGCCCUCUGGGCCUUGGGCCGGCCUGGCGCCGCCGGCCUCCAGGGGCUGCUGACGGGGCCUCCGGGGGAGACCCAGGCCUGGGACUGGACGCUGGAGGCCCCCGGAGCCCCGCAGCCCGGGCCCUGGGACUGGACCCUGGCCGGGGAGGCCUUGGGCCCGGGGGCCUGGCCAGAGCCGGGCCCCGGCCCGCUGGAGCUGCAGCCCCCCGAGGCCAGGGAGCUCCGGGCCGCCGUGUCGCAGCUGCUGGACGCCUCGUACCUGCUGACCCCGCCGGCCCAGGCCCGCCUGCUGAGGCAGCUGAGCCAGGCGCUGCGGGCGGUCAGGGGCCAGCCCCCCGCCCUCCUGAAGCCGCAGCUGGUGCGGCUGCUGGGCACGGCCAGGCUCUCCCUGCUGCACGCCGUGCUGGCCUGGAAGGACGCCUUCGGGGAGGCCCUCUUCACGGCCCAGGACGAGGCCCUGCUGCUGCGGAGGCUGGUGGGGGCCGCCCAGCACCCGGCCCUGCCGGCCCCUGCCCGCCUCUUCUACCUGCACUGCCUGCUGCACUUUCCUGAGAACUGGCCCUUGGGGCCUGCCGACGAGGAGGGAGCCCCGGUUCUGCUCACCCCCGGCCUGGCCGCCGGCCUUCUGCCCAGCCUGCUACAGGAGCCCCCGGACCUUCUGGGCCGGCUCCGUCUUCUGUGCCUCCUCUGCGGGGAGGAGCCGGGCCCGGAGGCCCAGGCCCUGGACUACCUCCAGGGGCUGCUGGCCUGCCUGAGGCGGGGGGCCGCUCAGCCAGGGGCCCCCCGAAGCUCGGCCACCCUCUGUUUCCGGGCCUCCUACCUGGCCACCCGCUGCUUGGCCGGCCACCCUGCAGCCCUGGCUCGGCUCAUAGAAGGGCUGGCAGACCUCUACCGCGUUCGGCCCUGCCUGGCCCCCCAUUUUGUCGACCUUUUAGAGCAGGCUGGACCGGUGCUGGCGGAGCCCCUGGGGAAGGCCCUGCAGCAGGUGGCCGUUGCGGGCUCUGGGGGGGGCCCCGCGCUUCGGUGGCACCUCCAGAUCCUCACCAAGGUGGCUGGGAGCCAGCCUUUGGGCCCCACGCUGGCCUUCCUGCGGGCAGCCAUGGGGCAGCGCGGGGCCUGGGGCCGGGAGCAGGCCCUGCUGCGGGUCUGCAGGGCCCUCUUGCGAGGAAAGGGCCUUGGCGGGGCCGCCCCGGGGGCCCUGGCCAACCUGCUGCAGGAGCUGGCCCGGGGCCUGGACGACCCCGACGGCCGAGAUCGGGCUCGGCUCUACUACGGCCUGUUCACCCACCUGUCGGCGCCCAAGCUGGGCUCGGCCAUGGGCCCCGCGCUCUCCACGCCCAUGCCGGGCUCCUCCCUGGUGGAGGAGAACGAGGGCUUCACCGCGGCUCUGACCGUACAGGAGGCCCGAGCCCCACUCCGGCUGAGCAGGGUUCCCCAGCAGGCCAAGGAGCCCCCUGUGGUCCUGGGCCUCGCAGUGGAAGCCUCUGAGGUGCUCUACUCGCUAGAGCUUCGCUUCCGAGUCCUGGGGCCACACUAUGAGCCCCUGGAGGCUGUGCAGGUCCCCUGCCUCCGCCCUGGAGCCUUCCCCAAGCUGCUGCGCCUUCCCUUGGAGCCCCGACGGCCCUACCCGGCCGUCCUGGACAUCAGCGCCCUCUAUGCCACCCCCAGUGGCCUCACCUGCCACGCACAGCUGCCCCAGCUGCCCGUGGCCUUUGCAGACCUCUUUUUGCCUUUGCCGCAGUCUUCUGCAGAGAAAAGCCCCUCGUGUGCCUUCCAGGAGCUCUGGGCCUCCUGCCUGCCCGGGGGAGUGGAGAGCUGCAUGUGGGGGCCCUGGCGGGGCCAAGCUCUAGAGGCUCUGGUGGCCCGGCACUGGGAGCCUUUUGUCAUGGCCGCCACACCUCCAGCCAGCUACAAGGUGGCCAUCCGGCUCCCUCCCAGCUCUCGGCUCUUGCUACAACUGGAGGCUGCUGGGGAAGAUGGGGUGAGGGUGGCCUUGAGGACGGACGACUGGGCCGUAUUACCUCUGGCGGGGGAAUAUCUCCGGGGCUUGGGGGCUGCCACCUGAGCAGGGAGAGCGACUCCUGCUGGGACAGGCUGCUGCUGGAAGACCCUGGCCCGGGGUGAGCAGGGACUGACUCAGGGGUGCCCUGUUCAUAAAAAUCAUGUUUCCUGGUGAAA